GGCUCCUCCCCACGCAGCUCACCCUUCCGCCGACCAGAAUCACCCGCCUCGCCCUCUCCUCUGCGACAGUCCACGCCGAAAGCAAGUCAGGUGAACAGCCACUCGAGGUUCGCCUCCGGCGGCAGCUCGUCGACGCCGAGCGGAACCGCAGAUAGCCUUACUCCACGAGGCCAAGCGGCGCGGCAGUCUUCAGAAGAAAUGUACGGGUCACCAAGGGGCCAGCAGCGCCCUCCUCUUGUGUCAAAUGCAUCAGCGGCUUCUACGAUGGGGCACGGGAAUGCCCUGUCGCAGCUGCAGCCUGCGCAGGUGCGGACUCUGCGUGAGGGUUACCAGAUACUGGACCGGGACAGUGAUGGGUCCGUGAACAGGGAGGAUGUCGCCGACAUGCUGAACCAGCUUGGACUACCCUCCACGGCAUCAGAUGUCUCCUCAUUCUUCCCUCCCUCCGCCCCGCAGACCAUCACGCUCGCCACGUUCCUCAACACCAUCGCCACGAGCCUGGCCUCUCUGUCCCCAAGCUCGGAACUGCUGUCUGCAUUCUCGGCCUUUGACAAUGAUGACAGCGGUCAGGUGGACUUGGCUGAACUGCGCGACGCUUUGUUGCAUACGGCGCCGGAGCCCGGCGAGAGGACGCUCACAGCUGCGGAGAUAGACCAGGUCAUGUCUGGAUUCUCUGGGAAAAGGGCAUUUGGCGGCAAAGCGAAGGGAGCAGGCGCGGGCGGUUUUGGCAAGAGGGGAGAGGUUUUUAGAUACCAGGAGUUCGUGACCUCGAUUGCCGGUGGGAGUAAUGGGAACGCCCCGGGCGAGGAUGGGGACGAAGAGACGGAGGAAUAAGGAGACGUGCGGGAAGGGAAAAGAAAGAAGAAGGGAAGAAAACGAUACCAUAGUUUAUGAUUGUAACUGAUAUUUGGCGAG